AUGCGCGCUGCCCCCGCCGCCCCGCUACUCCAGCUGCUGCUCCUGCUGGGGCCGCGGCCUGAGGCUGCGGGAGUCGCGGAGCCGCCGCUGCCCAUCGUGGUCCUUGCCAUCCUGGCCCGCAAUGCCGAGCACUCACUGCCUCACUACCUGGGCGCGCUGGAGCGGCUGGACUACCCCAGGGCCAGGCUGGCCCUCUGGUGUGCCACGGACCACAAUGUGGACAACACUACAGAGAUGCUACGGGAGUGGCUGGCUGCUGUGGGCGAUGACUAUGCAGCUGUGGUCUGGAGGCCUGAGGGGGAGCCCAGGUCCUACCCAGAUGAAGAGGGCCCUAAGCACUGGACCAAAGAAAGGCAUCAAUUCCUGAUGGAGCUGAAACAGGAAGCCUUGACCUUUGCCAGGGACUGGGGAGCAGACUAUAUCCUGUUUGCAGACACAGACAACAUUCUGACCAACAAUCAGACGCUGCAGCUUCUGAUCAAGCAGGGGCUGCCUGUGGUGGCCCCGAUGCUGGACUCUCAGACCUACUAUUCCAAUUUCUGGUGUGGGAUCACCCCCCAGGGCUACUACCGCCGCACGGCCGACUACUUCCCUACCAAGAACCGCCAGCGCAGGGGCUGCUUCCGUGUCCCCAUGGUCCACUCCACCUUCCUGGUAUCCCUGCGGGCGGAGGGGACGGCCCAGCUGGCCUUCUACCCGCCUCACCCCAACUAUACCUGGCCCUUCGAUGACAUCAUCAUCUUCGCCUACGCCUGUCAGGCUGCUGGGGUCUCGGUCCACGUGUGCAAUGAGCAGCGUUAUGGGUACCUGAACGUGCCUGUGCAAUCCCACCAGGGGCUGGAGGAUGAGAGAGUCAACUUCAUCCACCUGAUCCUGGAAGCGCUGGUGGAUGGGCCCCCCAUGUGGGCCUCGGCUCAUGUGUCCCGGCCCCCAAAGAGGCCCAGCAAGAUGGGGUUUGAUGAGGUGUUUGUCAUCAGCCUGGCCCGCCGGCCCGACCGCCGAGAGCGCAUGCUGACUUCGCUGUGGGAGAUGGAGAUCUCUGGGCGGGUGGUGGACGCCGUGGACGGCCGGAUGCUCAACAGCAGUGUCAUGAGGACCCUCGGCGUGGACCUGCUCCCUGGCUACCAGGACCCCUACUCGGGCCGCACGCUGACCAAGGGCGAGGUGGGCUGCUUCCUCAGCCACUACUCCAUCUGGGAGGAGGUCGUCGCCAGGGGCCUGACCCAGGUCGUGGUAUUUGAGGACGAUGUGCGCUUUGAGAGCAAUUUCAAGGGGCGGCUGGAGCGGCUGAUGGAGGAGGUGGAGGCGGAGAAACUUCCUUGGGACCUGAUCUACCUCGGCCGGAAGCAGGUGAACCCCGAGGAGGAGGCAGCCGUGGAGGGGCUGCCGAACCUGGUGGUGGCCGGCUACUCCUACUGGACGCUGGCGUACGUCCUGAGCCUGGCGGGCGCCCGCAAGCUGCUGGCCUCCCAGCCGCUGCGCCGAAUGCUGCCUGUGGAUGAGUUCCUGCCCAUCAUGUUUGACCAGCACCCCAAUGAGCAGUACAAGGCACACUUCUGGCCGAGGGACCUGCAGGCCUUCUCAGCCCGGCCCCUGCUCGCGGCCCCCACCCACUACGCAGGGGACGCCGAGUGGCUCAGCGACACCGAGACAUCCUCGCCCUGGGACGACGACAGUGGCCGCCUCAUCAGCUGGACCGGCUCCUACAAGACCCUGCGCGGCCCCCGCCUGGACCUGGCAGGCAGCAGUGGGCACAGCGUCCAUCCCCACCCCCGGGAUGAGCUCUAG